UCGUUUGGUAUCGAACGGCUCGGAGAGGUCCUUCCCGAUCCUGACGGAGCUUUUCGUGUUGGUCAGCGUCAGUUUACACAGCCGUAUUAGUUUUGCGGGGAUACCAAAUUCAGACAUCGCGGCAUAAAGGCAGCUCCUUUUCGUGCUGUCGAAAGCAGCUUUGAAAUUGACGAAUAGGUGGUGAGUGUCGAUUCUCCUUUCACGGGUCUUUUCCAAGAUUUGGCGCAUGGUGAAUAUCUGGUCGGUUGUUGAUUUACCAGGCCUGAAGCCACACUGAUAAGGUCCAAUCAGUUUGUUGACGGUGGGCUUUAAUCUUUCACACAAUACGCUCGAUAGAACCUUAUAUGCAAUGUUGAGGAGGCUAAUCCCACGGUAGUUGGCGCAGAUUGUGGGGUCUCCUUUUUUAUGGAUUAGGCAGAGCACACUUAGAUUCCAAUCGUUGGGCAUGCUUUCAUCCGACCAUAUUUUACAAAGAAGCUGAUGCAUGCUCCUUAUCAGCUCUUCGCCGCCGUAUUUGAAUAGCUCGGCCGGCAAUCCGUCGGCCCCUGCCGCUUUGUUGUUCUUCAGGCGGGCAAUUGCUAUUCGAACUUCUUCAUGGCCGGGUAAUGGAACGUCUGCUCUAUCGUCAUCGAUUGGGCAAUCGGGUUCGCCUUCUCCUGGUGUUAUGUGUUCACUGCCAUUCAGCAGGCUGGAGAAGUGUUCCCUCCAUAGUCUAAGUAUGCUCUGGGCAUCGGUGGCUAGAUCACCUUUGGGGGUUCUACAAGAGUAUGCUCCGGUCUUGAAACCUUCUGUAAGCCGCCGUAUUUUUUCGUAGAAUUUUCGAGCAUUACCCCUGUCGGCCAGCUUAUCAAGCUGUUUGUACUCACGCAUUUCGGCCUCUUUCUUCUUCUGUCUGCAAAUGCGUCUCGCUUCCCUCUUCAACUCUCGGUAUCUAUCCCAUCCCGCACGUGUUGUGGUCGAUCGUAACGUUGCGAGGUAGGCAGCCUGUUUUCUCUCCGCUGCGACACGGCACUCCUCGUCGUACCAGCUGUUCUUUUGCACUUUCCGAUGGUUUCGGUUGCAGCUGUACGUAAAGAGUUUGAAAUGCCGUUCCACAGUUCCCUUAUACCGAGUUGUUGACGAGUGCUCUCAGAGAGCAGGAGUGCAAGCCGAGUAGAAAAUCUUUCGGCUGUCUGUUGUGAUUGCAGCUUCUCGACGUUGAACCUUCCUUGUGUUUGUUGGCGUGCGGUUUUUGCUGCACAGAGGCGGGUGCGAAUUUUGGCUGCAACAAUAUAGUGGUCCGAGUCGAUGUUAGGACCUCGGAGCGCACGCACAUCUAAAACACUGGAGACGUGUCUUCCGUCUAUCACAACAUGAUCGAUCUGGUUGGUGGUUUUUCGAUCCGGAGACAGCCAGAUAGCUUGAUGUAUCUUCUUAUACUGGAAUCUAGUACUACAGAUAACCAUAUUUCGGGCCCCGGCGAAGUCGAUCAGCCUCAACCCAUUUGGGGAUGUUUCCUCGUGGAGGCUGAAUUUACCGACCGUAGUGCCAAAGAUACCUUCUUUGCCCACCCUGGCGUUGAAGUCGCCAAGCACGAUUUUAACAUCGUGGCGGGGGCAUCUCUCAUAAGUGCGCUCCAAGCACUCAUAAAAGGCAUCUUUGGUCACAUCGUCCUUCUUUUCCGUCGGGGCGUGGGCGCAAAUCAGCGAUAUGUUGAAGAACUUCGCUUUGAUGCGGAUUGUGGCUAGACGUUCAUUCACCGGAGUGAAUGAUAGUACUCGGCGACGGAGUCUCUCUCCCACCACGAAUCCCACACCAAACUUGCGCUCCUUUAUAUGGCCACUGUAGUAAAUGUCACAAGGACCUACUCGUCUCUGUCCUUGUCCCGUCCAUCGCAUUUCUUGGACGGCGGUGAUGUCAGCCUUUAUCUUUACGAGGACAUCUACCAGCUGGGCAGCGGCACCUUCCCAAUUAAGGGACCGGACAUUCCAGGUGGAUGCCCUCAAAUCAUAGUCCUUAUUUCGUUUGCCAUGGUCGUCAUCAAAAGGGGGGUCUCUCGUCCGAGGCUGUUUUUUUUCUUUCAUUGGUGGUGUUUUUUUACGUGGCGGAUCCCAAACCCAGCGCACAACCCUAUGCAGGGGAUAUUUCUCCUUCUCACUUUAGCUCGCCUUCAAACGGAUGUUCUUAGGCUACCCAGAGGAUACUUGGUCAAAGACCGGAAGUCGUGAGCUGCUUGAGUCAUAUGUAAAAGAAUCGUUUCUGGCCACUCCCAAGUGAAUGGCGAUCAGAGAACUUUCCUCACUUGCGUGAACUUCUACACAUGACUCCAUCCUCCUCUACACAUGACUCCAUCCUCCAUUGGCAACAUUAAUUUCAGGAACAACGCCGCAAUCGAAACAUUUUUUGGAUAAUAUCCAAAUGUAUAUUUCUUGCUUUAAAAUGGCUUCCUUUGGAGCGACGAAUGUAAUACGCAAUAAUUUCAUCCCGACAUUUAAGGUAAUUUCGGCUCUGGGUAUUUUGAAUGAAGCAUACAGCGACAUUUCAGAACAUUUUACAAGCUCUAAUCAAUCAUAUUUUGCCUCACAAUUUCAGAUACAAAGACAAAUUUUUCAUAGGAUUGGUUCAUUAUUGCCAUUUCCAGAUGCAAACCACCAGUUCUUGCAAAUCUACUUCCUUGGCAAUAAUGAAAAUGAAGUAGAUGCCCGUUGUUCAAUAUUCACAAGUGCCAGAAGAAUAAUAAUACGUGAAUUGCAAGCAUUGUUUCAUGAACAUAAGGAUUUGAUUAAUACUUUUCGGACAGCACUUGAUCAGAUGUCAUCUGAUGAUCAUAAAAUCGUGCUUCGUGCUGAUAGAAGACCAAUCGGAGAACACGAACAAAGAUUUAAUGCACCUAUAAAUAAUGAAGUUGCUGUGGUGAUUGUCGGUUUCAAUCACUUGACAUUGUAUUGCGUGUUUAUGAAACAUAUCGCUCUUACGAUGCCCUACAGAACCCAAUUGUGUUUUGUCGGGUUGAAGAUGGAUACUCUAUUAAUUUAAAAAUGAUAGAACCCGCAAACCCACAACGUGAAGUCAAUUGAAAUGUCGGAGACUCUUUCAUCAAUAUGUCGAAGACAUGUAUGCACAGAUAAAAACAGAGCGUUUGAACUUUAUUCGAUUCAAUCAACGGAAGUUGCGAUCAGAAGAGUAUAUACAUCUCCGCGAUGCAAUCAAUAAUGAUGGAAAUGUUGACAAUUUACCAGCAAGUUACACAGGCAGUCCAAGGCACAUAUGUAUGUAUGUACAUGAAUAUACACAAGAUGCUAUUUGCUUUGUUCGUUUGUAUGGUCGACCAGAUUUGUUUAUUACAUUUACAUGUAAUCCACAAUGGGACGAAAUCAAGCAAUAUCUAUAUGAAGGGCAAUCUUCUACAGACCGUCACGACAUAACUGCAUGAGACAGAAGCUGAAAUCAUUGAUGGAUUUUAUUGUUAAAUAUCAAGUUUUCGAUGUUGGAUGUAUUCGGUGGAAUGACAAAAGAGAGGAUUACCACAUGCCCAUAUUUUGGUAUGGUUAGUCAACAAAAUAACAAGCGAUCAGAUAGAUGACAUCAUCUCAGCAGAAAUUCCUGAUCAGAGAUUUGAUUUCCGAGACAAUUAAUGGAAAUGAUGGUUACCCAUUGUAUCGCCGACGCUUAACAGAUGAUAAUGGCAAAUCAAUCAAUCUACGAGUCAAUAAUCAAGAUUACAGUUGAUAAUGGGUGGGUUGUCCCCUAUUCACCAAUACUACCAAAAGCAUUCAAAGCUCAUAUCAAUGUAGAAUAUUGCAAUUCUGUUAAAUCGAUUAAAUAUAUCUGCAAGUUUGUAAAUAAAGGCAGCGACAUGGUUGUGUUUGGUGUUGCAGAGAACCGAAAUGAUGAAAUAACACAAUAUCAAAUGGGAAGGUAUAUCAGUAGCAAUGAGGCAGUUUGGAGAAUAUUAUCGUUCCCAAUUCAUGAUCGAAUGCGUAUAUCGUUUUUCGAAUUGUGUCAAAAUGAUCAAUUUACUAAAACAUUGCUUUAUUCACAAGUACCAAAAUAUUACACUUGGAAUGCAUCUGGAAAGAAAUGGAACAGACGUAAGCAAGGAAGACCAGUUCAAGAUUAUGCCUGCAUUUUUGAAAGUGAUGCCAUUGGACGUCUCUACACAGUGCAUCCCAGUCAUGCUGAAUGUUUUUAUUUGCGUCUAUUAUUGAUUCAUGUUCGUGGGCCUACAUCUUUUUUGAGCUUGAAAAGAGUUAACGGCCUACAGUGUCACAAUUUUCGUCAAGCAUGUCAGGAAUUGCAUUUACUGGAUAAUCACUGGGAUGCGACACUUGGGAAUGCAUUAGCAGCAGGUUCUCCUCAUCAAAUACGAACAUUAUUUGCUAUUAUUAUUGCAACAUGUUUUCUAUGUGAUCCAUUGCAAUCAUGGGAAAAUUUUAAGGAUUUUAUGACCCAAGACAUUUUGCAUCGAAUGCGCCGAAUUGCAGGAAAUAACGAUUUAAUGAUUACACUUGAAAUGUUUAAUGAGGCAUUGAUUAUCAUUGAAGUUAUUUGUUUAGAAAUUGCAAAUAAAGCAUUGACACAAUUGGGUUUGCAAGCUCCAAAUCGACAUGCAUGAUGCAAUCAAUCAAGAAAUAAAUCGUGAAAAAACAAUAUGAUUUGAAUGAGUUGACCACAUUUAUAAACUUAAAUUUGCAUAAAUUGAAUCCAGAACAGAGACACGCAUAUGAUACCAUAAUGGAAUCAGUACGAAACGAGACAGGAGGAAUGUUUUUUUUAGACGCUCCAGGAGCAACUGGCAAAACAUUUUUGAUUUCCUUGCUAUUAGCGACUAUAAGAUCACAGAGCAUUGGCACUUGCAUCGUCUGGAAUAGCAGCGACGUUAUUAGAUGGUGGUCGGACAGCCCAUUCUGCACUUAAAUUACCACUGAAUAUGAAUGUAAUUGAAAAUCCUACCAGUAAUGUUUCCAAAAAUUCGGGAAUGUGCAAAGUCUUGCAACAAUGCAAAUAAGAAAUCAGUGGAAGCGUUAAACAGGACAUUGCAAGACUUGCGUAGUAAUGAUCAACAGAUAUUUGGUGGCGCUUUGAUUCUGUUGUCUGGUGAUUUUCGUCAGAAAUUGCCUGUGAUUCCCCGUUCAAUACCAGCAGAUGAAUUAAAAGUAUGUUUAAAGUCAUCUUAUUUACGGAGACAUGUACAAAUACUCAAUUUGACUCCAAAUGUGCGAGUACAAAUUCAAAACGAUCCAUCGGCCGACAUAUUUUCAAGGCAACUGUUGGCAAUAGGCAAUGGUCAACUUGCUGUCGAUCGUGAAACUGGCGUAAUCACUUUACCAGAUAACUUUUGUAAUAUUUUGCCGACAAAAGGAAAAUUGGUGUCAAGUGUUUUUCCAAAUAUUGCAGAAAAUUAUCGCAAUCAUAAUUGGUUAGCUGAAAGAGCUUAACCCAUGUUCCUGGCGAGGUUGUAACAUAUCAAUCAGUUGACACGGUUACGAAUCACGACGACGUCGUUAAUUACUCGACAAAAUUUUUGAAUUCAUUGGAUUUACCCGGAUUUCCACUCCAUCGUUUAAAAUUGAAAGUGGGUGCUCCCAUUAUUAUGCUUCGAAAUAUAAAUCAACCACGAUUAUGCAAUGGGACAAGAUUAGCGGUUAAAAAGGUCAUGAACAAUUUGAUCGAGGCAACAAUUUUAAAGGGGAAGUUUAAAGGUGAAGAUGUAUUGUUUCCACGAAUUCCAAUGAUUCCAUCCUUUCCUUUCUUUUGAGUUCAAAAGACUACAGUUUCCAAUACGUCUUGCAUUUGCUAUUACAAUAAAUAAAGCGCAAGGACUAUCGUUGGAAUUGUGUGGAAUUGAUUUAGAAUAUCCUUGCUUUUCAUACGGCCAGUUAUAUGUUGUCUCCGAAAGAGGUCUAAGAUAGUUUAAGUGAUGCAUAGUCUAAGAUUGUAAGAAAUCAGAAUUAAAAGUUGAAUAAUAGGGAACCAAACCGACUUUAUUAAAAAAAAACAGUGUUUCUUUUCUUAUUUUGUUUUGCCGUGCGAAGCAGGCACCGGGCCCGCUAGUAUGUACAUACGAAUAUAUAUGUUCAGAAAUAAAUUCUAACGUUCCUUCCGCUUUUUUUUUAAAAUUCAAAGUUUUAUAUUUUAUACCUUGUAAAACAAUAAAUUAUUAAAUUGAUAACCACUUGAAGUGCAGUGAACGAAUUCUUUUUAAUACAAAUUUUGGGAGAAAUUAUAUGGUGAGUGCGGAAAAGGUGGACAAUAAAUCAGUACAUGGUCCUUGGAGCCUAAAAGAAAGGCACUAUCGAAAAAUAACAUUACAAAAACAUACAUAAGAAAUGACCGAAAACUUAAACAAAAAAAUAAUCAUAAUAAUUAAAUGUAAUACGCAGGGGCGGAUUAAGUAUUUUGCCGCCCUAGGCCCUGUCUGAUUAGCCGCCCUUUUUAAAGGAUGAAAUUUUAUUUCUUUGAGUCCGUUCAUAUUAUUAAGAUAUAACAUUUACUUCAUAAAAGUAUAAUUGUUAAACAAUACAAAUAAAUAUUAACAACAUAAAUAACAGUCAGUUUUCUUAAACUAUAAUUUAUAACUUAAUUUUUAAAUAUCUUGUUUCUGGCUUUCGUCUGAGCAAAAUCAUCAAUUAUGUCGCUGUAAUCAAUUUCUUGGACUAGUUGGGCUUCAAUUGACAGUAAUGCUAAAGGAUUGAGUCUCUCUUGGCCCAUACUUGCGCGUAAAUACGUUUUGACUCUUUUCAAGGUGAAAAAAGAUCUUUCUCCUGAACAGUUCGUAACCGGAAUACUCAAAAAAAUACGUAGAGCAAUGCCUACAUUUGGAUAAACAUCUUGAAGAUUUUGAGAAAAAAUUGCAGAUUCCUUGCGCGGAACGAAUAUCUUUUGUGUUCAUUAGAGAAUCUUUGAGUUGACAGUGCAAAUGAAUACAUUAAUUCGCGAAAGUAUCUUUGAAAUCAUCAGAAUACUUAGUAACAAAUUCAUCUGCGCGAAUUUUUAAUUCAAUGGUAUCUAUUUCAUAUAAAUUGUCAAAAAAAUAAAAUAUUUCGUAAAGAUUAUGAUAAGCACUUUUACGUCCUGUCAAUUGUAAACUAAAGUAUCUAAAAUUAGAUAGUAAACGUUGGUUCGAAAAUUUUCUUCUCCAGAUAAAGCUGUUCUUUCAUUUUCCCGUGACUCGUCAGCCUGAAGUUUUCGGGUUUUUUUACGACGGGUGUCAUAGUGGUAAUAAUUUUGAACUCCAGAUAGUGCUUUGGCUUUUUUUUCAUAAUCAGAAAAUUGUUUAUCUCUCAUAUCUUGGAGAAAUAAUGCCAAAGAACUAUAUACUCGUAUUCUUACCACAGAUGAUAAAUCAGCUUGAGAAUCCUGAAGCUUCUUACUCGGAGCAUUAAAGCGAUCCAAAAUUGCAUUCCAAACAAUGACUAGAAUUGCUGUUUCUAGAUGUUGUAAUUUUUGCUGCAGUCCCUUAGCCCCCUUCAGCUCGCGUAGUAGGUUUUUCAUCUUUGUUUUCAUCAAUAAAGUUUAGUGCA